GACUCACAAUGUUAAUCUAGACGAAGCAUGUCAAACAGGAAAUGACUAUGACUUCUCUGCGCUUCAGAAGCUUUAGUUGAAGAGCGUUUGUGGUUAUCAAGCAAUUUGAGAGUUUCAUUGUGUGUGAACGCCAUGGCCCAGGCAAAAGAUCCAAACCUUGGGCAGUCAGCCGGCACUAACUCUGCCCUGCAAAGACUGGACACGUUAGCCAGUCGAUUUUUUUACAAAUAUCGAAAAGGGAACCAGGAGAGAGCUCUUGAGAAUGAGGGGCCACAUGUGUCAGAGUAUUCCGUCCACUGGGAUGCAACAAUGAAAGAGUUCUUAGCAAAAGCCAAAGAGGAUUUCUUAAGAAAAUGGGAGUAUCAGCCACAGAGCACAUCACAUCUAGAUGAUUUUGACAGACUGAAAACUCUUGGCACUGGCUCUUUUGGAAGAGUGAUGCUGGUCAAACACAGACCAACAGGACAAUACUAUGCUAUGAAGAUCCUGGACAAACAAAAAGUGGUGAAGUUGAAACAGGUUGAGCACACAUUAAACGAGAAGAGAAUAUUACAAGCAGUGUCCUUUCCUUUUCUUGUGAAACUGGAGUACGCGUUUAAGGAUAAUUCAAAUUUAUACAUGGUCAUGGAAUACAUCCAAGGUGGAGAGAUGUUCUCACAUCUGAGACGGAUCGGAAGAUUCAGUGAGCAGAAUGCGCGGUUCUAUGCAGCUCAAAUUGUUCUGACUUUUGAGUAUCUUCAUUCUCUUGAGCUCAUCUACAGAGACCUGAAACCUGAAAACCUGCUCAUUGAUCAACGGGGAUACAUCCAGGUGACAGACUUUGGAUUUGCCAAAAGAGUCAAAGGCAGAACUUGGACAUUAUGUGGUACACCAGAGUACCUGGCACCAGAGAUCAUCCUCAGUAAGGGUUAUAAUAAAGCUGUGGACUGGUGGGCUCUUGGGGUUCUGAUCUAUGAGAUGGCUGCUGGAUAUCCACCUUUCUUCGCUGAUCAGCCUAUUCAGAUCUAUGAAAAAAUAGUGUCUGGCAAGGUACGAUUCCCCUCUCAUUUCAGCUCAGACCUAAAGGAUCUUCUGCGCAAUCUGCUGCAGGUGGACCUCACAAAGCGCUUUGGCAACCUAAAAAAUGGCGUCAGUGACAUCAAAAACCACAGAUGGUUUGCUACAACAGACUGGAUUGCAAUCUAUGAGAAGAAGGUUGACGCCCCCAUCAUACCAAAGUGCAGAGGGCCUGGAGACACAAGUAACUUUGAUGACUAUGACGAGGAAGGCAUCCGGGUAUCUGUCACAGAGAAAUGUCCAAAAGAGUUCUUGGAGUUUUAGGGCCCCUGUAAAGCUGUGUAUGGGAGUUUAUAUGGUUCUUUUGUUUUGUUUCACCCCCUUGAAAGCAGAAUGUAAGAACAUAAUUUAUUGUAAAUACUUCCAAUUUCCAUAAUUCAAUGAGACUUGGGAGAUUUGGAGAUUCAUAGGUGCCUUUAGCACAACGAUGAAUACAGAAAUGUAUAGCAGUUUAAUAUUAGGCAUUAAAAUUGAUAACCUGACCACAUGCUUAUUCUUUUUGUCUGUUUGGAACCAUUUUACAUAGACGUUUAUGAUUAUUUUUCUUUUAUUGAUUUAAUUAUUAAUUAAAAUCUAUUUUAUUUAAUAAAUUAUGUUGGCACAUUUUUUUAAAUACUCAGGCUUCAAUUCUGUUGCACAUUAAAGCAAAGUAUCUAGCAGUGAAUAAGCUUGAUUCCCCAUCACAUGCAAGGGAAUGUGCAGGAUACCCGUGUAAUGUAUUUGCAUGCUGAGGGAGGAAAGAUUCAAAGAAUAUGUUCACUAGUUUAGCUUGUUUAUGUUUAUUUCCCCUAACGGAUGGUCAUUAAAAUGUGUACUAGCGUACAAGUCUUCACAGAACUCCCUAUAUUCAAAUGUGACAUUUCAUCUGAAGUCAAAUGCUUCUUGAACUGCACUGAAAUCAUGAAGACCAUCUAGUUAUUUUUGUUUUCAUGGACCAAGUGUACUGUAAAAAAAUUUUGUGAGGUAACAAAAAAUUUGCUUCAUAUGGUAACAUCUAAAUUAAAAGGUUUUAUUCAAUAAAAAAAAAAAUGAAUGAAUGUACACGAACAAUUAGGUUACAUGUAAUUUUUGGUUGAAUCAAGCAGAAAUAGAUCCUUAAACUAACAAUUAAGGUUACCACUUUUUACAUUUAUUUUUAAGGGAAAUUUAGUAUCUGCUGUAAUAUAUUUUUUGAAACAAAUUAUAUUGAUACUGAA